GCCAGCUGUACGGUGAGGCUUAAAGAGACAUCAGCGAAGAGGGAGAAAAACUGAGAAUGGCUUCAAGAAAUACCGACAAAAUGGGAACUGUCGUCGAUUUGUAAUACACAGAUUUAGAUAUUACAAGGUGUGCUCCUGAUGUGCUGCCCAUUUCAUCCCAACAGAAAGUCUGACAUGCUCUGCGUUCGUAUUUGGACACAAGUAAUGUCUGACACGUCUCCUCAAAACCACCUGGAUGAGGCUCUAAGGAUGGAAAAUGAUGCCAGACAGCAUCUCAACAACAGUAGCUAAGACUGCGUGAGAGGAAAGGUGCACGCAUGUGUCCAUGAACACAUGUUAUUGUGUCCAUCUCCUGACAAUAGUACUCCUCUGAAGUUGGAUUUACGGAAGAUUGCCGUAGGAUGUCUUCGUCUUGAAUCAAAUAUUAGCCUUGGAUUGUCUGCUCUUGCCAGUAGUUCCCCGUCUAUAGAAGCAGCUCAUGUCUAGUUUAAUAUGCAUGUGUAGAAUUGUUUUGUGGAUGAGCCAUUCCUUCCACUCUUUUUCUCUCUAAAUUCCACUCCUCCAUCCCAUUUCCCAUACCCCUGUUGCUAGUUUUGGUGGCUCUGUGAUUUUAUGGCAGUGGAGUAAUCGUGGAGAGGCCGGGGUAUCACAAGCUUAUGGAUUUUGAUAAGAGAGGAGGAGGUGGAAAAGGAGAAGUGGAAGAAGGAAAGAGAAUGUCAAAGACUGGCGGGAGUAGGACUGGGCAUGGGGGAGGCCGAAGCUCCGGGACCAACUCUGGGGUGCUUAUGGUUGGCCCUAACUUCCGAGUGGGAAAAAAGAUAGGCUGUGGAAAUUUCGGUGAGCUACGUCUCGGGAAGAAUCUUUACACUAAUGAAUAUGUGGCCAUUAAACUGGAGCCAAUCAAAUCCAGAGCACCUCAGCUUCAUCUUGAGUAUAGGUUUUACAAACAGUUGGGGAACUCAGAGGGUGUACCUCAGGUCUACUACUUUGGGCCUUGUGGGAAGUACAAUGCCAUGGUGCUGGAAUUGCUUGGCCCAAGUCUAGAAGACCUGUUUGACCUCUGCGAUCGAACCUUUUCUCUCAAGACGGUCCUCAUGAUUGCAAUUCAGCUGAUUACACGGAUGGAAUUUGUACACACAAGAAGUCUGAUCUACAGGGAUGUUAAGCCUGAAAACUUCUUAGUGGGCCGGCCGGGGACCAAAAGGCAACAUACAAUCCACAUCAUCGACUUUGGGCUUGCUAAAGAAUACAUCGACCCCGAGACCAAAAAACAUAUCCCUUACAGGGAGCACAAGAGCUUAACAGGGACAGCCCGAUACAUGAGCAUCAACACACACCUGGGAAAGGAACAAAGCAGACGGGAUGAUUUGGAGGCACUCGGUCACAUGUUUAUGUACUUCCUGCGAGGCAGUCUACCCUGGCAAGGCCUAAAGGCUGACACUUUGAAGGAGCGCUACCAGAAAAUCGGAGAUACCAAAAGGGCAACUCCUAUAGAAGUGCUCUGUGAGAGUUUCCCAGAAGAAAUGGCCACCUACCUGCGUUAUGUGCGGAGACUGGAUUUCUUCGAAAAACCGGAUUACGACUACUUGAGAAAACUCUUUACAGACCUCUUUGACAGAAAUGGCUAUGUCUUUGACUACGAAUAUGAUUGGGUCGGCAAGCCACUACCGACUCCAAUAGGACCCAUGCCUAGUGACACACCUCUGCAGCCCAGCAGUAGAGACAAAGCACAACCACAGACCAAAAACCAAUCGCCAGAACCCAAAGGAAGUGAGUCCCAGCCCACUCCCAUGACCAACAGGGAGCUCCUGGGGUCGCACCUCACGGCUGAUAGGCUGGGGGGCUCUGUCCAGGUUAUGAGCUCGACAAAUGGAGAAGUGAAUACAGACGAUCCCACGGCGGGACACUCCAAUGCUCCCAUUACUGCCCCUGCUGAGGUGGAGGUGGCCGAUGAUACAAAAUGCUGUUGUUUCUUCAAGAGGAGGAAGAGGAAAGCACUCCAGCGGCAUAAGUAGGGAGGAACGUCUUGGACACAUUAAGAGUCAAUGGCGCGUCUACAGAAAAUAUAAAGCAAAGGACUUGCAGAUGAAAUGUGGAGUACCCUGUCCUCUGUCUCUGCUCUGAGUGUUCUGCUUCAUCUCAGACCAGAAACUACUCACUGCCUCAGUUUUGGCAUCCGCUCGGAGAGGACACGCCUCAAUACUCGGGGCUCUGAUACUCUUUGUAAGGAAACAAUUCAGUGGAACAAAUAAAUAUAUUUGUACAAUGUGGGACACCAGAAAUCUUAGAGACUUUAAUGGUCAGAAAAUAAGAUAUAUGUUAUGUGACUUAAACCCAGAUGAUCUGUUUAAACGUGUAUUUUAGAUGACAUGCAAAACCAUUAUUUGAAAACUAAAAGGCAACCAUAAACCCACAUACACACAAACAUCUGUUCACUUCGACACUGGCUGGAUGAGUGAGUGAUGUACUUCAUGGUGUUGUUUUAUGGGAUCAAAAUAAGUGGGGAAAGACUGCUGACUGAUGGAUGCAGAAAUAUACACCAGAAUCGAACUUAUGUAAAUUUUCUCUUUCCUUUUUUUGUAAUUUAAAACAAAGUUGUUUUCGAGAUAUGUUUUCCUUGAGUUGAACAGUUUUACUUGUCGUGUAAUGUCUUUUUUUAACCGCUUUUAGUUUUUUUAAACUUUCUCUUUGGUUCCUGUUAGUGUGGAUGAUGUUGUAGGACAGUGGCUGGUCUCAGGUACUGUGGGAGAUUGAGAGACAUUGGGUCUCUCCUCUGUGAAUUGCACUUUUGGGAAUAAAAGAAAAAACGUUUGCCA